AUGGGGAUCAAAUGGAUGUUUGUCCUAAUGCUGCAAAUCAGUUUGGCCGUAAUAGGUAGGGGAGUUUUAGAGAAGAGCUCCAGCUCAAAGCAGAACUUUGGUCCUAAGUUUGCAGUAAAAUGCAUUCAGAGUGAAGAUGGGGAUGUAAUCGACUGCAUUGACAUCUACAAGCAACCUGCUUUCAAGCAUCCAUCCCUGAGAAAUCACAAAAUCCAGAUGACACCAGCUUAUGAUCCAACAAUGGUGACAAAAAAUGAAAAUGAAACUUUGGAACCAUUUAGAAAUGGAAGAGAAAAGGACUUACACGUUGAUGCCACGCCACAGCUAUGGCAGAGAAGUAGAAGCUGUCCUGAAGGGACUAUUCCCAUCAGGAGAAUGCCAAAUAAUAGCGAAAGCAAAGAAACUUCAGUUGAUGAUCAUCUAAGAAAGAAACCAAGAAUCAUCCCUGAUCCGUUCAUGGAGAGCAAGAAUACAUACCUUCUAGAAAUAAAUCGCUCAUUGGCAAUAUUGCACGCCGAGGGAUUUGCAUAUUAUGGAGGCAAAGGAGAUAUUAAGGUCUGGAAUCCUUCUGUUGAACUAGAUGAUGAGUACACUACUUCUCAGGUUGCUCUCAAAAGUGGCCCUCGAAAGCAGUAUGAAGCCAUUGAAUCAGGGUGGGCCGUGAAUCCAAGUGUCUACGGGGACAGACAAACUAGACUCUUUACAUAUUGGACGGUUGAUGGUUCUGUCAAAACUGGUUGCUUUGAUGCUACUUGCCCUGGUUUUGUACAAGUCAGCAAGGAUAUAGCACUUGGUGCUGCUAUAUAUCCCAUAUCAAAUCCUACUGGACUUCCAUCUCAGAUAACUAUUUUUAUCUUUAAGGAUCCAAAUACCGGCAACUGGUGGGUAAAUUAUGGAGAGAAAGUCAAUAUAGGAUAUUGGCCUAAGGAACUCUUUAAUUUCUUAUCUUACCAUGCUGUAACUGUUCAAUGGGGUGGUGAAGUUUACAGCACCAGAGUUGGAACUCAUCCUCAUACUGCAACGCAAAUGGGCAGCGGACAAUACUCUGACUGGGUAUCCGGCAACUCGGGCUACAUAAAGAGGAUGCGUGUUAUUGAAAGUUUUGGAGCUCUAAGAUUCCCUGAUUGGGUCAAUUCUUAUGCUGAUGAGUACGAUUGUUAUGAUACAUUUUAUAUCAGUGAAUCUAUGGCAGAUCCUGAGUUUUAUUAUGGAGGGCCUGGCAGAAAUUACCGGUGCCCUUAA